CUUUUACCAAAACGCCCACUUCCCCGGCCCCGUUUCCGCGAGCCGGCCCCCUCCAGCCCCCGAUUCAAACCGUCGACGCCGUGUCCCCGUCGCCGCGUGACUCCUCAGCGGCGGCCACCCACCUCCACCCGUCGCGCCGCCGGAGAUCACGCUCGCUCGCUCGCGCCCCUGCCCUCCCCUCGCCGGGGGCGCCCAAAGCUUAGCUGCUCGGGUGCCGUCGCCCGCUCGGAGGCGGCGCCGCCGAUCUCGCGGCGUUCCCGAGGCGGCGAGCUCCCGCGCGAGAUCCCGGCGGUGAUGUGCGGAUCGGAGCAUGGUUGUGAACCCAGCCGGUGUUAGCUGCAGUCGGCCGACGGGGAGCGAGCGCUGCGGCCAUGACGAUUUACAUCGCGAGGGAGGCAACCAAGCUAUGGAGGAAGGUGUGCGCGGAGACUUCGGUGGAGCUGCAGCUUCUGUUCGAGAAGUGGCACCUGCUACUUGCCGGAAUUGUGUUUCAGUAUAUUCAUGGAUUGGCUGCUCGAGGAGUACAUUACUUGCAUCGGCCCGGUCCAAUACUCCAGGACAUGGGAUUUAUGGCCCUUCCGGAGCUCGGGCAAGACAAAGGUUAUCUUAGUGAGACUGUAUUCACUUGCAUCUUCCUUUCAUUUCUGUUGUGGAGUUUUCACCCUUUUGUUUAUCAUAGCAAACGUUUCUACACUGUUCUACUCUGGCGCAGGGUGCUUGCAUUUUUAGUCGUAAGUAUGGCUGUCCUAACUCAUAACUUCCAUAAUUAUAUCCAUGUCCCAACCAGCGACAUUUUUCUCCUCCAGGCUUCACAGUUUUUGCGAAUUAUUACAUUCUAUUCCACUCAGCUUCCUGGCCCAAAUUAUCACUGUCGUGAGGGCUCGAAACUGGCCACUCUUCCACCACCCAAAAAUGUUCUUGAAGUGCUCCUGAUCAACUUUCCUCGUGGAGUGCUUUUUGGCUGUGGUGAUCUGAUAUUUUCAUCUCACAUGAUCUUUACUCUUGUCUUUGUCCGUACAUACCAUAAAUAUGGAUCAAAAAGGUUGAUUAAGCUAUUUGCCUGGUUGAUGGCCAUCAUCCAAAGUCUCCUUAUCAUUGCUUCUCGCAAGCACUACACCGUGGAUGUUGUUGUUGCUUGGUAUACUGUCAAUUUGGUUGUAUUCUUUGUUGACAAGAACCUCCCAGAAAUGCCGGAUCGUACAAGUGGGUUAUCUUUGCUUCCAGUAAGCACAAAAGAUAAAAGUGACAGGAUGAAGGAAGAGCUCCACAAGCCCGAGAAGGAUAACAAAAUGAAGGACGAACACCAUAAGUUAUUGAAUGGAAACACCGUUGAUUCUACUGAUCGGCGACAAUGGAUGCCGAUGAACGGAAAGCAUGGCGAAGACAUGAACCACACGCUCUCUGAUGCCGUUCCCAACGGUACAUGACCGACUGCUUUUUGUCGGGUGCUUGUCUUUCACAUCUACAGGGCAAUCUGACAGUCGGAAAAAAAAGAAGCUACUCCUAUCUCUGCUGCUGCAGUCCCGCUGUACUGAAUGGGGCAAGGCGCUGAAGUAGUGAACGAUGCUGUAAAAGAAGGGAGCCAUAAUCUCGUGGCUUCUCUCAGGCAGGUUGCCCCAUGGGCCGGCCUAUCCGAUCAUCGAUUUUGUGGUUUCGCAGUUUUAGAUGUCGGGGAUGCGAGGAACACUUAGCAAAACAUUGAAAAUCUGUUCUCGGUGUACAUAACUAUUGAUGUAUUUGGUGAAAAUUUUACUAGUGUUUACUUA